AUGAUAAAAGGAAUAAAAGACGCUCAAUUUAUAGAAGAAUUCUUAAUGCUACACCGUAAUGAAGUUUAUAGACAAUCAGAUCUAUUAAGGUUGAUAGAUUGGAAAAUAUCUUUAAAGUUAAAUAACAUAAAUCAAUAUGAUAUAUUGUUUGAGGAUCAUUAUUUACAAUCAUUUAGGAUUAAAAUUUGUUGUAAUGAAUUACCAACUUGUGCUAAUUUAAAAAAGCGUAAGCCAGAUCUAUAUGAUGAAAAUUGGAGAUGUAAUUUUUGUAAAAUAGAAGAAGAAACCUUUGAUCAUUUUUGGAAAUGUAGUAAGAUUCAAAAUGUUGUGCAAGAUAUACUCAAACGAUUAAAAAUUUUUUUAGUUAAAAUUAUACAGGAGUAUUCAAGAGAUGAUAUAGAUACACAAGAAUUAAAAGGUAAAAUUAAUGAGUUUGGUAUGUGGGAUAUUGGAUGCUUAUAUGAUUUUACAUUUUUAAUGAAGAAUCAAGUCAGUUGUCAGUUAAUAGAAUUAUUAAGGUGCUAUAAAAUAACUGAAGAAAAAUUGUUGUAUAAAGUACUGAAACAAAUAACUGGAGGAGUUUUAUUAGAAUUUAAAGUGCUUAUUUGGGAACCAAGAAACGAGUUACAAAUAAAGGAAGAAAAGCGGUGUGGUAUUAGUGGUAAAGAUAAAAAAGCUAAGUCACAUAGUAAACGCACUGAAGUGGGUGUUAAAGAUGUUGGCUGUAAUAUAUUAGAAAGUAAUUGGAAUAAAUGGAAUGAUUUGGCAUUCCAUCGAGGUGGCCAUUAGGCAAAUUUUUAGGUAGAUCAUGACAGUCACCUUUGAAUUUGAGGUCGCUUAAUUUUUAUAUGUAUUUGUUUAUCUUAUAUUUUGUAAGUUUAUAUAUGUAAGUAAGCGUGAUUAUAAUAGGACAUGAUCGCAUCUAUAAUAAAGUAUU